UGAGAAGCAUAAAAAUGGGAAGGAAGGAAGUAGAUAUUAAAGCAGAAACGUCAGCAGUGAUGAAAACAUAGCCCCUCUGACGCACAGAAUGACGAAGACAAAAAGCGGAUUCCUUUCCUAUAUAAUAUAAUAAUAGACAAUGAGCACCGUGCAAUCAGCAACCAAAAUGACUCAAGCCCAGAUUCAACCAGUUAAACUUGGAACCCAAGGCUUUGAGGUUUCAAAAUUGGGAUUCGGAUGUAUGGGCCUUACUGGAGCGUACAAUGACCCUCUCCAAGAACAGGAUGGCAUAUCUGUUAUCAAGUAUGCGUUCAGUAAGGGAAUCACAUUUUUUGAUACUGCGGAUGUUUAUGGAGCCAAUGCUAAUGAACUUUUGGUUGGAAAGGCUUUGAAGCAGCUGCCCAGAGAAAAGAUUCAGAUAGCCACAAAAUUUGGUAUUGCUUCACGAGGUUUUCCUGAUUUGAAGAUCAAGGGUUCGCCUGAAUAUGUGCGAUCAUGCUGUGAAGCUAGCUUGAAGCGUCUUGAUGUUGAAUACAUUGAUCUCUAUUAUCAGCACAGAGUGGACACAUCUGUACCUAUAGAGGAAACAGUGGGUGAACUUAAGAAAUUGGUCGAAGAGGGUAAAGUCAAAUAUAUUGGAUUAUCUGAAGCCAGCCCAGAUACAAUAAGGAGAGCACACGCAAUUCAUCCCAUCACAGCUGUGCAAAUAGAGUGGUCUUUGUGGACUCGUGACAUUGAAGAAGAGAUAGUCCCUCUCUGCAGGGAACUUGGUAUUGGAAUUGUACCAUAUAGUCCUCUUGGUCGUGGCUUUUUUGGCGGCAAAGGAGUUGUGGAAAAUGUGCCUGCAAAUAGCUCCCUGAAAGCACAUCCACGCUUUCAAGCCGAGAACUUAGACAAGAACAAGAAUAUAUAUGAACGAAUUGAAGGCCUUGCUAAGAAGCAUCAGGCCACUCCUGCCCAGUUGGCAUUAGCAUGGGUACUUCAGCAAGGCGAGGAUGUUGUACCUAUCCCUGGAACAACUAAGAUUAAGAACCUGGAUCAAAACAUAGGUGCCUUAGCAGUGAAACUGUCAGAAAAAGACCUGAGAGAAAUUUCUGAGGCGGUUCCCAUUGGUGAUGUAGCAGGUGGUAGAUACUACAAUGGAUUGGAUCACUUUUCAUGGAAGUAUGCUAACACACCUCCAAAAGAUUCAAAAAUCUCAACCUGACGCACCCAACCAACCCUUUGGUUAGGGAAUCUACCAAGUCAUCAUGAAUUGAGGGUAGCAAGGCUGGCAAAGGCUAAUAUCAGGAUGCUAUUUAAAUAUCAAUAAUGUAGCCCUUCUUGAUGUUGGACUUCCUAGAUAUUUGGUUGGUUAAAAUUUUUAAUUUAGACUGUAAUACUUUUUUAUAUGCAACAGAUAAUUAUGAGCAGUUUCGAAGGCAUGACUUGAGUUUAGGAUGGGUCAAACAUGGUUUUUGCAUUCACCAAGAUGUUUGAAUCUGCGUUAGAAACAUGAUUUUAAAUUAUGGACUCAAGUCUCAUUGAAGUAUUUGGAAUCAGUUUUUGCAUCA